AUGGAUUCAAGCGACGAGGAGUUGGUAAGCGAUCUCGAAGAUCGGACGGACGAUAUAGCUGCCAGUGUUCUUAGUCAGUUUAUCGCAGUCAAUGCUGAUCAACGACGACGGGAGCGACCUCCCGAAAGUGAAAAUCGACUGGUUUGCGUUUCUAUUCCUAGAGUAGAUAACGAGCACGAGUUCCUGCUUUUGCCGGGCCAUUCGCGCGUGGACCGAAUCGUAUCGAAAGCGAAUGACGAUGCUUAUCAGAUACCCUACGGCGAUCUCCUUGAUCUUCGUGACGGCCCAGCGGCGCUGUCACUGUUUAAAGGAACAAGAUCUCAACGAUUGAAACAAUCUACACUUCGAGCACAAGAACAAGGCUUUGUAAAUAUAGAAACCCUCAACCUUUCUUCCGAUGAAGAACAACGACCAGCAAGGCGUCUUCGCAAGCGUCUCCAUAACGCAUUAUCUGUUUCUCCACCUCAAUUUUCAUCCUCAUCUGAAUUCGAUAACGAUAACCCUUCCUCAGCACCUUCCAUCCGCCGAUCUCGGAGGCUCGCUUCACAAACCUGGCGACAUCGCUCUUUCAGUGAGUCACAGGACGAAUCAGACGAGUUGAAUGGUGAUGUGAAUUUUGGAAAAAGGCGUAGUCAGCGUGCAAGGAAAGAAGUGCGGCCUGCCAAACAAGGUGUGCGCACGUCUCAAAGGCUCAGAACUGGUGGCACAAGACCAAUGAUGGAGCGGAUGGAGGACGAUAUCUCAGAAGUUGAGGCUGCCCAGUCUGGCUCCAAGUAUUCAGGGGCACGGGAGAUAUUUGAAGUUCUUCCCAAAGACAAUUUGUUCCGGCUCCGUCACCAGCCUGCCUGCGCUACUUGCUUCUAUGGAGAUUCUCCUCAAGACCCUUUGGUAUACUGUCAAGGCUGUACCAGCUCAUAUCACAAAGCUUGCCUUGGACCUCGCGGACAGCGGCUCCACCUGGCAACUAAGGUGGACAGCGGAUACUUUAUCUUGCAAUGUCGUGCUUGCCUUGGAACGGCGCAUGCAAAAGACCGCCUUGCACCACAUCUCGGAAGCUGUUCCCAGUGCCUCAAGCCCGGAUUCUUCUCAAAGCCAUUGCGGCCACAACUGACUGCUCGACAGGAGCAGCUACAACGCGAAGAAAAUGGAGGGAUUGAUCCUAGCGUCACAGUCGACGUAGACCAAGUGAACAGUGUUGAGAAUAUGAUGUUUCGCUGUGCGACUUGCAAGCGAUGCUGGCAUAUGUCACACUUACCUGCUAAAUCAAGAAACGCGGCGCGCGUCAUUUUCGAUAGUGAUGAUGAUAGAGAGGGUGAUGAGGACGAUCUCGAAUUACAGAGCCGGCGCUUCAACGAACACUCCCGACGAUGGGAAUGCCACGAUUGCGACAAUGCCCCUGGAGAGAUUGAAGUGCUUGUGGCGUGGAGGCCUAUGGAUCUUAACACCUAUACGCCGGGUUAUACUUCAGACAUGCUGUCGGAAGUGUCGAAGGAAUAUCUUGUGAAGUGGCAGAAGCUGUCUUAUUUCAGGGCAACGUGGAUGCCCGGAUCUUGGGUAUGGGGUGUGACUGCUGCCGCGAUGCGAAAGGCGUUCCAUAAGUCAUCAAGGAACCUAAGACCCUGCAUGACUACAGAGGAUGCAAUUCCCGAAGAGUUCCUGCAUAUAGACAUCGUUCUUGACGUGCGCUAUUCAAACGUCGUUUCGAAUAGGACCCGAGAAAUCGAUUUAGCUCGUAUCACGGAAGUAAAAGAGGUUUAUGCCAAAUACAAGGGCCUUACUUAUGAAGAAGCUGUAUGGGAACAGCCUCCAGAAUCCCACAACGUUGACCAAUGGCGGAGUUUCCAAGAUGCCUAUCGGGAAUGGGUGCAGGGCAACUAUGUGCGGCCACCGAACCGUGGUGGGUUGAAGAAGCAUUUACUCAAUGUUAGGUCGAAGGAUUUUGAGCAAUAUUGGAAAAAAUCAUCUCAACCAGUCAUCUUGACUGGUGGCCAACUUAUGCAGUACCAAUUGAUAGGCCUUAAUUGGAUCUAUGAAUCAUGGUUUCGGCAAAGGAACGCAAUUUUGGCGGAUGAAAUGGGCUUAGGAAAGACCAUACAGGUUAUUGCAUUCUUUGCUGCUCUAAUUCAAGAUCAUAACUGCUGGCCCUUUCUUGUCGUCGUCCCAAACUCUACAGUUCCCAAUUGGCGGUCGGAGAUCAGGCGCUGGGCUCCCAGUUUACGAGUUGUAACUUACUAUGGCCUUUCAACUGCACGAAAACUCGCCCACGAUUAUGAAAUGUUCCCUGGCGCUGCCGGUAAAGCAGAUUUGAGAUGCCACAUCGUUAUCACUUCAUACGAAACUAUGGCCGAUCCUCAUGCUCGCAGAAUUUUUGCAGCGGUUCCCUGGCAGGUGUUAGUAGUGGACGAGGGCCAUAGAUUGAAGAACGAUAAGAGCCAGCUUUAUGAAUCCCUCUCGAAGAUCAACUUCCCGUUCAAGCUUCUUCUCACAGGAACACCUUUACAAAACAAUAUUCGUGAAUUGUUUAACAUCAUCCAGUUCUGCGACCCUUCGAAGGAUGCAGAAACCCUUGAAGCCCAGUAUCAAAAUCUGACGAAGGAAAACAUCAGUGAACUUCACAAAAUGAUCCUUCCAUAUUUCCAGAGGAGGACGAAAGCCCAGGUUCUUUCUUUCCUUCCGCCAAUGGCGCAGAUAAUUAUUCCGGUUUCAAUGACGGUUGUCCAAAAAAAACUAUACAAAUCGAUUCUCGCCAAAAAUCCGCAGCUAAUCAAAGCAAUUUUCAAAAAGACCGACGGGAGGAGUUUGAAACAGUCAGAGCGGCAUAAUUUAAAUAACAUCCUCGUCCAGCUUCGAAAGUGUUUGUGUCAUCCAUUUGUAUACAGCAAGGCGAUCGAAGAAAGGGGAGUGAGUGAUACGCUCUUAUAUCGCAAUCUUGUCGAGGCUUCUUCCAAGCUACAACUUUUAGAGCUCCUCCUUCCAAAGCUCCAAGAGCGCGGCCACCGAGUUCUUCUUUUUAGCCAGUUCUUAGACUUUCUUGAUAUCAUUGAAGAUUUCCUUGAUGGCCUUGGGGUUCUACAUUUGCGUUUGGACGGAUCCCUCUCUUCGCUUCAGAAGCAGAAACGGAUCGAUGAGUUCAAUGCGCCGAAUUCACCUUAUUUCGUCUUUAUGCUAUCCACUAGAGCAGGCGGAGUAGGCAUUAAUCUUGCGACGGCCGACACGGUUAUCAUUAUGGAUCCGGAUUUUAAUCCUCAUCAGGACAUCCAAGCUCUUUCUCGGGCCCAUAGAAUCGGUCAGCACAGAAAAGUGCUUGUUUUUCAGCUUAUGACCAAAGGAACUGCUGAGGAGAAAAUCAUUCAGAUUGGAAGGAAAAAGAUGGCCCUUGAUCAAGCUUUAAUUGGUUUUAUGGACAUGGAAGACGAUAACGGGCUUGAUUUAGAAUCUAUUCUCCGUCAUGGUGCAGAUGCGUUGUUCGAUGAUGAUGACCAAGAGGAUGUUCAAUAUGACUCUGAGUCCGUUGAAAAGCUUCUAGAACGCAGUGAGGUCGAGAAUACCAAAACUGGCGAGGAUUCAUCAGCAGAAUCUCAGUUCAGUUUCGCUAGAGUUUGGACAAAUGACUCUGCGAACCUUGAAGACCGGCUGGAUCAGACUGAAAACUCGACGCCGAACAGCACCGUUUGGGAAAAGAUCUUAAAAGAACGCGAGCGUAUAGCGAAACAAGAAGCCCUGGAGAAGGCGGAAACACUGGGUCGAGGCAAGCGCAAGCGGCAGGCGGUUGAUUACGCGCUACCGAGCUCUCCUUUCCGAAAGGAUGGAAAGGACAGCGAUACGGAAUUCACUGGGACCGAAGCGGACUCGGAUAAUGAUGGUAUCCGAUCUGACUCAUUCGCAUCUCCUGAACGUGCCAAGAAACGUAUUGUCAGUCCUCAGAACCGUGAUUCUGCCCUAGGCCGCCCCUACAAACGCGCUCAGGUUCCAGAUCUCGAAGCUACAACAGGGGAAGCUCCACUUAAUGGAACCUCAAUGACAAUGAACCAUGAGCGAUGUAUCGCUUGCGAUACCAUUCACCCACAGGGUCAUUGUCGUCUGAAGCAAGCUGGAGUGGAACACUGUGGACUCUGUGGCAUCGCACAUUUUGGGCAUUCACGGACAUGCCCUCAUCUGAACUCCGAGGUCCAGGUUGCCAGCAUGCUCUCCUCCUUGAAAGAGAGUACCGAGCAGAGAGCUUUGGUUGAAGAGGCAACCAAAUACCUACGAGGAAUCAGGGGUGACCUUGUGCGCCGUAAGAAGCACAAGCCAGCCCGAGCAGGCGCCCCGGCAGCCCCGCAUAAUCCGACGAUGAAUCCAAACGCGAAUCAUUGGAAUCAUCCUCCUACGCCACCAAUCCCUCCAGUAUUAGCUCCUCCACCGCGUCUAGCACCAGUGCCAGGUCCUGGUCCAGCUCAUUGGCAUCAGCCUUACUACCCUUGGCCUCCCGCCCAGGGACCGUUGAAUCCAAACCACCCUCCAGCCUAUUUUCCUCCCAGAUGAUAGAAAUGCCAUCUGCCAGUUUCAAUUUGUCAUAUCGAUGUUGUUCCCAGCUAUGCUGUACCUUUAAGCAGCGGGGUAGGUGUUCAUUUUGCUUUGCAUGAUACAUUUCACAGUGUUUGGGGGGGUGGGUUAUGGAUAGUGGAGUUGUUUCAUAGACAGAAAUUUUCGUGUAGAUGGGCAUGGUCUUGAUUUCUUUCUCCCGGUUGUUAAACAACUGCAUUAUGGAUUUGAAUUUCUAUGUGCAUAAUACCCUAAGACAUUGGCGUGUGUUAUAUUAGUGUCAGUUCCCCAGUAAAUGAAGAAGAAUGAGAGGACGUUGGAAGUC